CCCAGGCACAGCACAGAGAAGACGCUGAAUAAGAAACGCGAAGGGAGGCUUUGAGAAGAAAGCAAAAGCAUCACUUCUCACCAGCGAACAGUGCCUGCUGUUCCUCUUACACACCUUCAAGCUGCGAGAUCAAUGAUCGCAGUGAGACAUACCGGUGCGUAAAGUUGUUGAGCUGAUCCGCCCGUCUCCCGCUCCCGCUUAACAUUAUUGCUGACAUUUGCGGACGAUCGCUCUGCUGAGGUCCCGGUUCCAGCGUGGAUUUAAGAGCCCAUCAUAGUGUCGUUGUUCGUGGAUGAGCAAGGCUUGUUGCAUGAGAUUUCAAGACUCAUCGUGCGGAAUUACAACCAUGAACUUUGUUGUCACUUUGGUACAAAUCCUUUUGGCAGAGGUUCUUUACCUGUCCACUGUAAUGACUGCCAGCAUUAACAAGGGAGUGGAGAAGAGUAAAAAUAAUGCCAUCCCUCUCACCGAAGUCCUCACCAAGAGUAUGUGUCAGCCCAGGGAGAUGCUGGUGGACAUCUUCCAGGAGUAUCCGGAGGACACGGAGCAUACCUACAUCCCUUCCUGUGUGGUCCUCAAGCGCUGUGGUGGCUGCUGCAGUGACGAAGCACUGGAGUGUGUACCAACGGAAAGCCGCAACAUCACGUUGCAGGUAAUGCGGUUGAGACCAAAGGUAUCAGAGCAUACCAUUCACUUAAGUUUCACAGAGCAUCAACAGUGUGUGUGCAGGCAAAAGCCAGAUGUUCAAGUUAACAAAGAAUACCACUGUGCGCCUUGCUCAGAGAGAAGAAAACGCUUGUUUGUGCAGGACCCUCUCACCUGUAAAUGUUCCUGCAAAUUCACACAAUUAGACUGCAAGUCCAGGCAACUUGAGUUAAACGAAAGAACUUGCAGAUGUGACAGACCUAGGAGAUGAGACCAGCAACACUGUUAUGAAGGAAUUUUUUUCUUGGCACAGCACUUUGAAACCCAAGGAUGCAUUCCCUGCAAGGACACGAAACGACAACGCAAGACAGGACAUUCUGGAUGCAGAUCUUGCUACUGUCUGUUUUCCACCAAAAGAG